UACACCAUCCAGUCUCGUUUAUCGUUUUUUUUUGCCUUUUCUCUUGAAAAAUGUCGAGUUUCCUCUCGACUUCUACCGUAUUUUUCCCUAGAAAAUAUCUAAAAAUCCUGACCACAAGCCUCAAAAAUGGAUCACUUAAAUCUACAAAAUUCUGCCAUACACUAUCGGGUGCAAGUCCAGAAGCAGAAGUUAAAUUCUCAAAUGGACGAUAUAUGAACCUAUCCUCUGGCAAGUAUGCUCGUUUUGCUAAUGGAACUGGGGUGUGUACCAUGGGCGAUACAGCAGUAAUGGUUACAGCAGUUGCCAAAGCAAAACAAACUCCCGGCGCCUCUUUUAUGCCUCUGGUUGUGGACUAUCGCUUGAAAAGCGCUGCUUCAGGUCGAAUUCCAACGAACUUCAUGCGCCGGGAAGGUGGUCCUUCGGAGAAGGAGAUUCUCAGUGCCCGUCUGAUCGACAGAUCUGUGAGGACUCUUUUCCCCGCUGACUUCAAAACCGAAACCCAAUUGGUGUGUAAUAUGCUUGCGAUGGAUGCAGUCUUCUCACCGGAUAUUUUGGCCAUUAACGCUGCCUCAAUGGCCCUGAGUUUGAGUGACAUUCCAUGGAAUGGACCAGUUGGAGCUGUUAGACUAGGCCUUUACGAUGGCGAAAUCAUUGUCAACCCCACCCGGAAAGAACUUCAGACCUCACAGCUGGAUCUUGUAGUCACAGCGACGAAACAAAAUCUGGUUGUCAUGCUCGAGGGAAAGGGCAACGUUGUCCUAAUGCAGGACCUACUGAAAGCCAUCAAACAAGGCACCAGAGAAGCACAGUUCAUCAUCGCGGAGAUAGAAAAACUCCAAAAAGCUUAUGGUAGACAGAAGCGUCCACUGGACACUCCACCCGUAGUCGACCAGGAAGUGUACGAAGCUGUCAAUAGUCUGGCGGAGAUGCGUCUCCGUGAGGUUUUCCGUGACGGGAAACACGAUAAACUCUCUCGUGACCAUGCAGUCAACGAUAUUCGAAGCGAUGUGGUGGAUAGAGUCUGGUCGAGUUACCCAGACGUGGAUCCGUCUCUCAUCUCGGAUAUUUUCAACAAGACCUGCAGGUCCAUCUUUCGUGAGCUGAUCUUCGAGGAGAACCAGCGAUGCGACGGCAGGAACUAUGACGAUCUGAGGAACAUCAGUUGUCAGGUGGACUUGUAUAAACCUCUGCAUGGCUCGGCGUUGUUCCAGCGUGGACAGACUCAAGUCUUUUGCACAGUUUCUCUAGACUCCCCAGAGAGUGCUCUGAAGCUCGACACUGUGUCUGCUCUAGAAUCAGGUUUGAAAGCAAAGAACUUCAUGUUGCACUACGAGUUCCCGCCAUAUGCCACUGGGGAAGUUGGUCGGAUGGGUCCGGCUGGCCGUAGGGAACUCGGCCAUGGUGCCUUAGCCGAAAGAGGUCUGCUCCCAACACUGCCAAGUGAUUUUCCCUUCACUGUUCGCCUAACCUCUGAGGUGCUCGAGUCGAAUGGCUCCAGUUCUAUGGCAACUGUUUGUGGUGGGUCUUUGGCCCUCAUGGACGCUGGAGUUCCUGUUAUGGCGCCAGCAGCUGGAGUGGCAAUCGGUUUGGUGACAAAAUUCGAAAACGAAGACACAAAGCACCUCCAAGACUACAAAAUUCUAACCGACAUCCUUGGAAUCGAAGAUUACAUGGGUGACAUGGACAUGAAGGUGGCUGGAACCCGUCGUGGAUUUACUGCCAUUCAAGCUGAUUUGAAGAUCCCUGGAAUUCCGCUGAAGGUCGUGAUGGAAUCGCUACAAAAAGCCACAGAUGCCAAAGCCUCGAUUCUGGAUAUUAUGAGUCAAACUAUUCGGGAGCAUAGGAAACAUCGAAAAGAUUGUUGGCCAGUAACGGAAAAGAUGUCCGUAGAACCUCAUCUGAGAAUUCGAUUGAUUGGCCCAAGUGGAAUCAAUCUAAAACGCAUCUACCUCGAAACCGGAACUCAAAUAACUGCCGAAGACGAAACAACAUUCUCUUUGUUCUCUCCCUCCCAAGAAGCCAUGAAUGAGGCCAAAGAAAUGAUCGAUGGACUUCUGACAAAGGAAAGGGUUCCGGAUCUUGAAUUUGGUGGAAUUUACAGAGCCACCAUAACAGAAUUGAGAGAUACCGGAGUUAUGGUGACAUUGUAUCCUUCAAUGCCUCCAGCACUCUUGCAUAAUUCUCAACUAGAUCAGAGAAAGGUUGCCCAUCCAUCGGCUUUGAAUCUUGAGGUAGGACAAGAGAUUCAAGUGAAGUAUUUUGGACGAGAUCCUGUAUCAGGAUUUAUGAGACUGUCACGGAAAGUCCUGCAAGGACCAGCGACUGCAAUGGUUAAAAGUUACAACACAGCAUCAGCAGAAGAAUAACAACACGUUGUUUUUCUUCUUAUUUGUAAAUAAAUGUUUUAGGCAUCGUUUUAUGAAUCGUUAGGUUAAAUUUAAAAAACAAAUAAAACCCAAAGGGAUACAAAAACAAA